AUGGCUUCGGAAAAGGAGGGUAGGGUCGAUGUCGGCAAGGUCAUGGUCAUUGGCGGCUGCGGUUUCCUGGGCCACCACAUCGUCAACAUGCUCCUGCGCGACUACACGUGCUCAGUGUCUGUCAUCGACCUGCGCUGCACACACAACCGGCGGCCCGACUCCGACGGCGUCAAGUACGUCGAGGCGGACAUCACCGACGCCUCCAAGAUCGCAUCCAUCUUCGACGAAAUCCGCCCCGACGCCGUCAUCCACACCGCGUCCCCCGCCCCCCAAUCGGACGGCAAGGUCAACGAUGCGUUGUACAAGAAGGUCAACAUAGACGGGACGCAGGUCAUUGUCGACGCGUGCAAGAAGGCCGACGUCAAGGCGCUGGUUUACACGAGCUCUGCCAGCGUGGCGAGCGACAACGUCAAUGACCUGAUCAACGCGGAUGAGCGGUGGCCUGUCCCCAGGGGCAAGGACCAGUCAGAGUACUAUUCCGAGACCAAGGCAUCUGAGGAGAUCGCCAUCAACGCCAACCGCGCCGACGGCUCCAAGCUCCUGACCACCGCGAUCCGGCCCGCGGGCAUAGUCGGCGAGGGCGACACCAUGGCGCUGCACCAGAUCAUCAAGGUCUACAAGACGGGCAAGACGGCCGCGCAGCUGGGCGACAAUAAUAACCUCUUCGACUUCACCUACGUCGAGAACGUCGCGUACGGCCACAUCCUCGCGCUGCGGGCGCUGCUCGUCACCUACGCCAGCAAGACCCAGCCCCUCGACCACGAGAAGGUCGACGGCGAGGUCUUCAUCAUCACCAACGACAGCCCCACCUACUUCUGGGACUUCUGCCGCGUCAUCUGGAAUGCCGCCGGCUCCCCGCACGGCAAGGAGCACGUCUGGGUCAUCCCCAAGGAGCUGGGCCUCGUCAUCGGCUUGCUGAGCGAGACCUUCUUCGCCAUCAUCAGGAAGCCGCCCACCUUCACCCGCCAGAGGUGCGUCUACUCGUGCAUGACGAGGUACUUCUGCAUCGACAAGGCGAAGAGGAGGCUGGGCUACAGGCCACUUGUCCCACUUGAGGAAGGGCUGAGGAGGUCUGUCAAGUGGACCUUGGAGCAAGAGGCGCUUGGCAACAUCAAGAAAUGA